UGACUGUGAGUCGACGUUACACCGUCGUCCCAUCCAUAUCCAUCGCUCACAUUUAUCAUGAACUCAGACCGAACUGACAAUCGAUUUCUCGAAACCAAAUCACCACUUGAACACAGGCCGCUCCAAUGUCCCACUCGGGUGGAGCUGCGACUGGGCCAGAUUGAUUUUAUACUAGCACCCUGCAUCAACGGGCGCAUCAGACAAAAUGCUGUCUUGGAAGGAUGCUACAGCAUUUAUGGCGAUAUCUUCUUCGUCAUGUACAAGGUCGGGUCGUAUACGACUAUUCUUCGAUGCGGCGACGACACAAGACAAUACUACUUGUUCAACUUUGAUACAGAUAAGCUUUACAAGUUCACGAAGAAAUAUCCGACGCUGGAGGCGUUUAUGGAACGGGCGACGCUUUGGAUUAAUGGAGACGAGCAGAUAUAUUCGGUGACCCCAUUUGCACCUGCGGAAGUAAAGGCAGGGCGAGUUUCAGUCAGAGAGUUAGAACUUGCGUGGGAUCUCGAGGAGGAGGCGAUAGAGGCAACAUCGUAGAUGGCAUAUGCUAACCAACAAACGGGGUGCCUUCCAGACCCU